AUGAACGCCUUCACCAACGCCGUUUCAGCUUUGGCGCUCUCAUCCGCGGCUACUGCUCAGUAUGCUCUUCCCGCAAAGGAUGUGCCCUACAUUGGUGGCAAUGUCUUCAGGCACAACGACCCGGCAGUGGCCAGCUAUCCUUUCUCCUAUACUCCUCCCUUCGAGCCGGAGCAGUAUGGUGGCUACUACUACUGGUCGGUGAACAACGAGACCGUCAGUGGUAGCAACUUUACUGGCUACGGCGCCAAGGAGGGUUAUCUGCUUCCUUCCGGCGCGACUGGCAAAUACCCUUUCUUCCAGGUCAGCGAGGGUCACCCCAAGGCCAUCAACAGCUCCAAGCUCUUCGCAACUUGCGCUCCAUCAGCGGGCCAGUGCGAAGGCAAGUUCCAGAAGAUCCUCCACAUUGUCUUCGAGAAUGAGGUCUACCAGUGGACAGUGGGCCAGGCUUAUUGGAAGCUACUGGCUACCCGUGGCAAGCUGCUGACUCGCAGCUAUGCAAUCACCCACCCAUCCCUGCCCAACUACGCUGCUCUCGUCGCCGGUGACUUCUUCGGUAUGGCCCAUGAGGAUUUCUACAAUGUGAAUGCCACCAGCAUCUAUGAUCUCCUCGAGGCCAAAAAUGUCUCCUAUGGUACCUACGCGGAGUGGUACAAUCCUAUCGCGACUCACCGUGGCCCGAACGACUGCAACAACUACGUGACAAAUGGUCCCAUCGACAACACCAACCCUGACUGGUGGUCUCAGGUGUACCGUCGCCUCGACGUCCCAGCUCUGCUUUUCAGCUCCUACACCAGCAAAUAUGAGCGCUGCAGCAAGAUCUACGGUGCCAACAACACCUUUGCCGAUGAUGUCAUGUCACAUACUCUGCCCGAGUACUCCUUCUACGUUCCGGAUAUGCUUCACAAUGCCCACGACCCUACCUCCGACAGCAACUACUUCAACCAGCCAAACACUGGUGGCCAAUGGCUCAACUCAUUCUUGGAUCUGUACCUGCCUCAUCUCGAGGCUCAAGGCACCCUGGUUGUUGCUACCUUCGACGAGGCUACCUGGUGGAAUGACGAUGACUCUGACCCCAACAAUGACAACCACAUUGCUACCAUCCUGUUCGGUGCCGGAGUUACACCCAACACUACCGAUGACAGCUACAUCACUCUGUACGGUAUGUUGCGAGGUGCCAUUCAGAACUUCGGCCUGGGCUCGCUCGGCCGUAACGACACAAACGCUACCAAUGGCAACCUCUUCAACUUGGUGGAUUCCUCUAACGCACACAAGAAAGCGAAGUUGGGUGGUGGUGACCAAGGAGAUGAAUAG